ACGCACUUGUUUUCGAUAAUAACCAAUCUAUGAGAUAUUCAUUGAUUGCGAUUAACAUUGCAGCAUUUAGUAAGUUAUUCGUUGAUGCUGAAAUGAUCAGAUAAAAGUGGGGAAUUGAAAGCUUGGCGUGAAUGAAAUGAGGGACUUCCCAGUGUAAUUAGCUUUCAACAUAUAAGUUGAUGUGAUUUUAACAACUUUGCUCAGUUUUAUCGUGUUUAUAUCAUCAACAGUAUCAAUAAUCAUGAAAUUCUCAAUAAUAUUUAUUUGCGUUAUUCAUUGGACACUCUGUUCGCCAAUUAAUAUUCAGAAAAAUACUGUUGAUGUUUGUCCAAACAUAAUUAAUCGCUCUGAAUGGAAAGCAAGGAAUGUGACUGGCCAUCAACUUCUACCAAUAAGUCCAGUGCCUUAUGUAGUCAUUCACCAUGGAGGAAUUUUACAAUAUUGCUACGAUCAAAAAGAAUGCUCUCGAAUAGUUCGUUCGUAUCAAGACUUACAUAUAGAUACCAAUAGAUGGUUAGAUAUAGGAUAUAACUUCGUAAUUGGUGAAGACAGCAAUAUUUAUGAAGGUCGAGGUUGGGAUUAUGUAGGAGCUCACGCACCUGGUUAUAACACCCAAAGCAUAGGAGUUUCAAUAAUUGGAGAUUUUUCUCAUUUCCUUCCUAAUCGUGGCGCACUCGAAGCUCUUCACAAUUUAAUAGAGUGUGGUGUUUCAUUAGGAAAAAUCAGCACCAAUUACAGCAUAAUUGGUCACCGUCAAGGUCGAAAUACUGUUUGUCCUGGCGAAGAAUUUUUCAAUUAUGUUAUGACAAUGCCCAGAUGGACAUCGACUCCAGUGCCUGUUUAUUCAAAUAAAUCUCAAAAAUCAAAUAAAAUCGUUGUUAAUCUAAAAAACCCAAGUAACCACAAAUUGGUCACAAUAAUAAAAUAAAUUAGUUAAGAAUGAUUUAUAA